AUGCCGCUUGUGAACUGGAGCGAGGCUACGCCUGAGGACCUCGCCGGCUUUACAGCAGACUUCCUCCGUGAAGAGUUGGUUCGCCGAAACCUGGACGCUACGGGGCCGAAGGAAGAAGUGAUCAAUCGUCUCCUCGCCGAUAUAGCCCAAAAUCGCUCAACGACGCCUUUGUUGCCUUCCCCAGACUCCUCAGCGCCCAGCCAGCGCCCGAACACUACGCCGCUUCCUUCGAGCUUCGAUGCAGCCCAAAGUACCGAGUUGCUGACGGGUUUACUUCAACAGCUCCUUCACGUGUCACAACGCGCUGCAGCGCCAGUUCAGGUCACGACUCUUCCAGACCUGUCCGCAUCGCUUCCUACAUUCAGUGGAGACGGCAGCAUUUCAGCGUCCCACUGGAUUGAAGAGUUGGAACGAACUCGAAACCUAGCUUCGUGGGAGCCUUCAACCGUACUCGCCGUCGCUCUGGGAAAGCUCCGUGGAGCAGCCGCGGAUUGGAAAGCAGUCAUUGGCCGUCAGUGUCCCACCUGGGAAGCAUUCAGGCAAGCUUUCUUGGAUCAAUUCAGCGCCAAGCAAACCUUGCUACAGUGGCAACAAGCUGUUACUUGUCGCGUGCAAGCGCACGGAGAGAACCUGGUCCACUACUCUCUGGCGAAGUUGAAGCUCAUUUCGGGAUGCCCAGUCACUCUCACCGACACUCAGCGCAUAGAGUACGCCCUUCAGGGCAUUGCCGAUGGGAACCUGGCCACUACUAUAGCAGCACAACGCCCCGAAACCGUCGCCGCCUAUAUGGACAUCGUAACGCAGCUUGACCAAACAUUGAGCCACUUGUAUCGUCGACUCCCACGCCCAGGGUAUUCAAGCACAAAACUAGCAACGCCAAGCCCACAGGUGCCCCGCCACAGUGAAGAGGGCACGAAUGUGCAGGCGGUACCAGACAAAACAAGACAGCCACAGCGAAUCGCAGCCCUACCACCAGACCAACAAGAGGCUCGGUACCUGACCAUCUCUACGAGGCAUGGCGCUCCUGCCUACCGUUCUGGCCAGAACUUGGCCGAGGCCGUGUGUUUUCAAUGCCGCCAAAAAGGACAUCUAGCUUCAAAGUGCCCAUCCAGAGCUACUGCCACACCGUCUACAACGCAUCCUUCGCCAGCUCUUCACAGUACCCUUUCCGAGACCCUUGAUGGAUCGCUGGUUCAGUGCGCCCUUGUAAACGCCACAAUUGCUGGAAUUGGCCAAGUGGACGCAUUUCCAGACAGUGGUUCCAAGAUGACACUUGUUUCUCGUCACCUUGUCAGAUCUUUGCCCCUCCUGCCCUGGACCAGACCCCCUCUAGUUGUCGUUGGAGGAACGACAGUGGCUCCUGCUGGUGCUAUCUGCUUGAAGAUCUCUGUGGGACCCAUCACCGGUUUGGUGGAAGCCGCCGCCCUCGAUAACAAUGCCGUGCCACUUAUAUUGGGGGAAGACUGGUUUGCUGCCAGUCACGCACAGUUGGUGUUCCAGCCACCCAUGCCAACUGAAAUUCGUCAUUCCACCACAGGAACAAGUGUGCGGUGCCAUGAGCGACUGUUGCCCAGGAUGUCGAACGCUGUUAUGAUCCAGGGGUCAUCUUUCAAUUGCCAUGUAUCUGGACACCACAGCUCAGCAGGCCUCCAGCGAAUGCCACUCCCAGGCCCAGAUGAACCCCCGUGGUUAGCUCUAUCUUGCCAGGAUGAUGUUUCAAACACCAACGGCCCGUCUUCUGAAUGCAAGCAAGGUGCUUCUUCAACAAUAGAGAUUUGCAUUGACCCAUCCUUGCCUCCUGCUCAGGUCGGUAGCCAUUUGCCAGCACAUCAACAACGGGAAAUCACGAGCAUUCUUUCGAAGCACGCUGAAGUAUUCGCUCGUGAAGAGGGCGACUUGGGUCUGUACGAGGGUGUUGAACACUCAAUCGACCUUCUUCCCGAUGCUGUGCCAUACAGUCGAUCCCCUUACCGUUACUCUGCUGCAGACCGUCGUUUUCUUGAGGCCCAAACAAGCACACUCCUUCGGCAGGGCAUCAUUCUUCCAGCCUUAGGACCUUGGGCAUUCCCCGCAGUGGUUGUCAGCCGAGGUAGCAAGAAGCGCCUUUGUGUUAACUAUGUGCCCCUAAACAAGAUGACUGUGAGCGUCGUGCAGCCACUUCCACAUGCGGAUGACAUCAUGGAUGACAUUGCUGGGUCACAGUACUUCGCCUGCCUUGACCUAAAGUUCGCUUACUGGCAAGUUCGCGUUCGUAAGGAAGACCAAGCAAAAACUGCUUUUGUUACCCACUAUGGCACCUUUAUGUGGACUCGCAUGCCAUUUGGGCUGAAGAACGCACCUGCCACUUUCCAGCGGGCCAUGCAGUCAAUUUUUGCCAACCUGCAGCCCCAUUGCCCAAAGUGCGGUGUGCGGGUGUACUUGGAUGAUGUUCUGGUUUUUGCGCCAACUUUUGACGAGUUUGCAAGGUUACUUGACGAAGUACUUGGUGCACUCCUUGCCAGUGGAUUCAAGGUUUCACUUGACAAGUGCAAGUUUGCUUUGAAGUCUAUCAGGUUUCUCGGAUUCAUUUUGAGCAAAGACGGCAAGCAGCCUGACCCUGCCAAAGUCGAAGCCAUCAUGAAAAUCCCACAGCCUGCAAACAGCAAAGCAGUUUUGUCAUGGCUCCAGACAGCAAACUUCUAUCGCCGAUUUGUGAAGAAUUUCUCUCAGAUAGCAGCACCGUUGCAGAGUCUCAUACGGUCUGAGGAGUUUGCCUGGACCACCGACUGCAAUGAAGCCUUUCAGCGAAUCCGCACAGCAUUAACAGAGGCACCUGUACUGGGCCAUUUUGAUCCAGACGCCCAAACCACAGUCACAACAGAUGCCUCAGGAACCGCAAUUGGUGCUGUGCUCUCUCAGAAACAGUGUGGAAAAGAAACUGUCAUCGAAUAUGCGAGUCGUGCACUCACUGCCGCAGAGAAGAAGUUGCAUAGCAACGUUUGGGAGUGUAUUGGUGUCCACUGGGCGGUUACGAUCAAGUUCCGACACUACUUGCUCGGCAAGAAAUUUUGCCUGUUGACUGACAACUGGACCGUUGCAUGCUUAACAGCCAACAUCAGGCCUUCACGUCGUUUUACGACCAUGUUGAUGGAUCUUACAGAGUUCGACUUCACUGUGCAGCACCAUCCAGGCCGUCAAAACGUAGUUGCUGACAUGCUGUCACGAUUAUCUGCAGCAGUCCUCCAUCAGACACAGUCACUCGCAGCUAUGCAAGCAGAAGACAAAGAGUGCCAGGACCUUCGUCGCUCUCUGGCAUCUUCAGAAUCGUGGGACCAUGGCCUUGCCAUAAUUGAUGACAUCCUGUACCAUAGUGACGCGACUUCAGGUUCUCAAGCUAUUGUAGUGCCAGCAAAGAUGCGCCAGGCUGUCCUGGAAGUUGUUCAUGACGGUGGAGGCCACAUGGAUGUAACCCGGACACUGACCAAAGUGAGAGAACGAUACUGGUGGCCAAACCUUGCGUCUUCAGUGACCCAAUACGUCACAGCAUGCCAGGUCUGCCAAAGCAGCAACCGCCCAAUAUCUAAAAGUGUUGGCAAAAUGGGUCUCAUGCCAGUGUCGGAUGUUCCUUUUGCCUUAAUUGCCCUUGAUCACAUCACAAUGCCGGCUGCUUCCGGAAAGAAGUACAUUUUGAAUGUCAUUGACUUUGCCACGCGUUUCAUUGUCCCAGCGGCUGUAACUUCAACAUCAGCUAAGGAAGUUAUAGCACAUUUACAGUCGGUGUUCUUCCGCUUUGGUUGUCCUGAUGACUGCAUGUCUGACCAUGGAGCAGCCUUUGAAUCUCACCAGUUUAAGCACUUCAUGCACAUGCACGGUGCUGAGAUUCAUUAUUCGGUUGCAUACCGCGCAGCCAGCAAUGGUCUUGUAGAGAGAAGCAAUGGGACUUUAGUCUCCGUUCUUCGUAAGCUGUGUCCAACGGACCAGACCUCCUGGGAAAGCAAACUCGAAGAAGCUGCUUUUGCCAUCAACACAAGCUACAGCGCCAGCAGCUGUUUCUCUCCAUUUGAACUACUUUAUGGAUACGUCCCCAAGCUCCCAUAUCAACGCCACCGUCCCGCCACAGCCAGGACCCUACAAGACCGUCUCCUAACGCUGUCUCAGAACCGGGCCGUAGCAGCAAGCAAUACCGAGGAAGCACAAGGGAAACGGAAGACAGCAUAUGAUCAGUCCCAUCGAGACCACUCCUUCCAAGUCGGCCAGUUCGUCUGGGUGCGCCGCCAAGAGCCUGUAGCAGAUGGAACUGGAAAGUUGGCACCCAAAUUCAAGGGAAUAUACCAAAUCACCGACCAGAAAACACCCGUUACGUUUGUCGUUAGCCGCGUAACUGGUCAAGGUCCUCGUGAUCGACUCCAAGACAGGAUAGUGCACGUCUCUCAACUCAAGCACUACGUGCCACCUUAUGUCGAGCCUUACAUUGUAAAAACCCAAGAGUUGCCUUUGUGUGACUCAUCUGGCUCUCCCAGCGUUGGCAAUGAGUUGUCUCAACCACCAGUUUCCAUUGGCCCUGCACUUUUGCCUCCAGCGGUACCCUCAUCGCGACCCCAUCGCCAAAGGCGCCCACCCGAGCGCUUGAAGGACUAUUCUCUCUCGCAGUGA